AUGUUGUUACCUUAUGAGCACACAGGAAAUAAAAAAUCAAACAUUCUACUGAUUUUCUUGCAUGGAUUUCCAGAUUCAAUGAGAUUAUGGGAUUAAACAAUUACAGGAAUUCAGAAAUAGGAUGUUCAAAUACUUAACAUAUCUUAUCCAAAUUAUCAUGAAUCCUAAAAUCUAAAAUUUGGAUUAGAUUUCCCAGAAGUAGUUAAGAGAAUUAGAUCUACUAUAGAGCAUGUGGACAAUGGAUAGAAUCUGAAAAAAUUGUUGAUCACUCAUGAUUGGGGAGCUUUCUAUGGUUAUCUUUAUGACUAGAAAUAUCCACAAACAGUUGAUGAUAUUAUUGCUCUAGACGUAGGGGCAUAAGUUGAUCUGUCACUCAAACCAGGAUUACUUAUUGAAUCCUAUCAAAUAACAUUUGCCCUAGCAUUCUUAUUAACACUGAUACCUAUUGUAGGAGAAUUCUUUGGAACUCUAUUAGCCAAAUUAUACAUGAAAUUUAUUCUAAGAAUCCCAAUUCCACAAAAUUAUACUGCCAAGAUCAAUUAUCAAUAUUUCUAUUUCUAGAAGAAUUUGCUAUUUCAUUCCAUCAUCAACAAGUCUAAGAGGUUCUUAUAUAGAUAUAAGCCUUCUGUUCCAGUUGUAUUUAUAUAUGGAGAGAAAAAACCUUUUCAUUUUCAUAGUGCUAGAUGGCAAUUGACUCUAUCAUAAAAUGCAGAUUCAGAAUUUAUUGGAGCCAAAACAGGACAUUGGGUCUAAGUCGAAUAGGUUGAUCUUGUUAUCAAUAAAAUAAUUGGUAGAAUAGCAAGAUUAAAGAAAUGA